AUGAGUGGCGAGUACAUCAAGCAACUUGGAGCAAAGCACAUGGUUGCUGAUUACGAGAAGAUUGUGGAGGAGUAUGAAGUGUACAGAAAGCGCCAUGUUGACAAUCUAGCAUAUGUAGAUGAGAAUAUGCUAAUGGCGUAUGAAUGUGCGUUUUUCUUCCACCGGACAGGAAUCAAGCAUAGCACCACUGGUGCUAGUAGGAAGAUCAAUCAAAAGAUUUUUAGGGCAGCGCUUGGCGAGAUCAAGCAGAAGUAUAUUUGCAGCAAGACUGAUGUGUGCCAAGAGAGUAAGAAAGACGGGAUUGUUUGCAACCUGUAUUCUAUUUGUGGAAGUUCAUCGCUAGUAAUGAGAGACUAG